AUGGCAGAAGUUCUGGAACAAUGGCGUCACUUUUCCACGUCGCCGCCACGCGCCAUUCGGGCGGUCAAAUUGAUCUACUUGGCGGACAUCCAAAGUUGGAACUUCUGUGAAACUCGGGCAGCAAGUCUUUUUUUCGUUCUUUCUAUUUUUGUUUCUUUUUAUAACAUGUAUAUAUAUAUAUAAUUAUAUCUUCUUCUCUUCGUUGUCUACUCAAAGAUAUAUGUGUUCGGAACUGUUUUUCCGCAGAUCGCGGAUUCAUUUGGACCCGGCCUACGGAAACCUCCGAGAAGAAGAAUCUGCAAACGCUGGAAAUAAUAAAAAGAACGCAUAGAUGCAGGUUUCUAUCAAUAUUUUUUUUUAAAAUGAAAAUUUUAAGAUUCAAUUCUUCGUUUUUCUUUUUCAGUACUGCAUUUGUGACUUUUGGCAUUGUACCAGGAGUUCCUUCUAUGGAUCGAUAUGAAGCUUCAUUAUCACUUCCUUCAACAGCUAGUGAUGGAUUACCAUCCCUGAGAAUAAAACAAUUUUUUUCAGAAUCGAUCUUUUUAUUUUCUACGUUAUCGCCUUGUGUUCGAGAUACAGUGAACAUCACGUUUUCCGUCAAGGUUUGUUCUAUAUUUUCUCGGUUUCGAGUCUUAAAUGAACUUAUAGCUGAUACACGGCUGGCUUGAGCCAUCGACAAACGGGUCCUGACACGAUAAUGCACGAGAUAGCGCCUGGCUCGUGGAGAGCGCAGACAGGACACGCCCCUUUAGCGUCCCAGGCUGGCCGUGAAUCAGAUAUACCUAUCUUGAAGCGCGGCUUUUCAUCCGCAAAUCUGAAGAUUGCCACGUUUUCGACACCCGGCAGGAAGUACAAAACCAUAGGAAGAAAAACAAGAACAUCGCUACGGGUUCGUUUAAAAUUUGAAAUUUUCACUUUUUUUCGCCUUGUGCAGUCUGUUCGGAUUUCGAAUGUCAAGCAGCUGAAACCGCCCCCGUCGCUACAGAAUCUUUCGCUUCGAUUUUUUUUUAUAAUCUGUGUAUAUCAAACUGUAUGAACCGUUAUGAUGUUGUACAUGUUUCUUUCUUUUUUCCUUAUUAUUUCACGAAAAUUCAAAUAAAAUAAUUCGAAAUUCGCAAAGAAUAGUUAUGUUUUAUGGAGUUGGUUGAAAUUCUAAUCCGCUUUACUUAUGAGUUGAAGAAGUUUUUCGAAUGUAGCUUCCUGAUAUCAUUUCAAGCAAAAUGAAGAGACCUUCGUUAUGUCAACAGCGUAAAUGGAUUCAGAGAUCGAUUUUGAAGCGUGACUUGCAGAGCAUCAAGGUCUCGAAAAUUUCUGGUUUAUUUUUAAAAAGUUUUAGGCGAUGAUAAAAAGUGAGACGAAAGAAGAUAUUGAAGAGAUUCUGAAUUUAUCGAUUGACUCGAUUCCGCUUGUUGAAGCUUGCCGCGUCGGAUUUUCAGACGGCGUUGAAUACUUUGUACCUUGCUUUGUAAUUCUUUUGGAAUAUAUAUUUUUGAGGUCAAUCUUGGCGCCAAAGCUCUUAGGUACUCCCGUUGUACCUUCUCCAUUACAAAAGCAGGUUAACUCGAGAUUUUUUGAAUUGAUAAAAAGUAGAAUCGCCAAAUGUCUUCAAAUAAAAAAAGAAAUAUAAGGAAUCAAAAACUUUUUUCUCAUUCUAAACCAUUUAAAUUCUUGAAAUCUACCACUUUCAGCUCCGGAAACGGCCCUUCGUUUGGCCAUCGAGCAGAUCGGCAACAGAAAAUUACCAAAGAUCCGACGGACUCGUGAUGAAUUCAAGGCUUUUCCCUUUUUGUUCCGUAUCAUAGUUUUUCAAGCCUUCAGAUCCUCCGGGCUGUAGUGGAAUCAGACAACUGCAACCUAAAGAUGCCCUUAGGGCUGGGACACGAUCCGCCAAUUUUCAUUUGCUGCAAAUAUUCCAAUGUCGAAAUAGGUAUAUAUAUUCGGUUUUUUUCUGGUUUGAAAGGAGAUCGACGAACUCUACCGUAGUAUGUUUGCUAUCGCGACGCUUUUCGCGGAAAAUAAAAAAUUUCAAAAACGAGUCACUUUUUUAGUUUUUUUGUUAUUGUAUUUUUUUGUACGGUCCGUAAAAAGUAAUUUUGGUGAAAAAAUAAUGAUUGUUGAAAAGAUAACUUGAAGAGAUGGGAGUUUUAAAUUUUGCGCAAUUAUAGCUGAUUCACGGCCGGCCUGAGCCAUCGAAAAAAGGGUCCUGACAAGGUAAUGCACGAGAUAGCGCCUGGCUCGUGGAGAGCGCAGACAGGAAACGCCCCAUUAGCGUCCCAAGCUGGCCGUGAAUCAGCUAUACUUUGAACGCGGAAACGGUGGGAAGUUUUAAAUGAAUAAAAAGGAGUUUCAAAAAAUGAUUUUUUUUUCCCUACGUCUGAAAUAAAGCGUUCCGUGACUGCAAAAAGUUACCACAAAGGUGAAUUGAGAAGUCGAUACAAAUAGAUACCGGGUAGCAACUUUUGAAAAAGUUAAUCGGCGUGUGGUAAUCGGUGGUCGUUUGUAUGCGACCGGGUACCAUCUUUAUGGUACCUGGGUCGAAGGUCGAUGCAAGUAGCUACCGGGUAGCUACCUGACAUUCGCGAUUUCUUUCGGAAAGUCUGGAAUUGCUGGUCGUUAUUUUUUGUGUCAGCUUUAUCCAAUGAGACCCUGGAAGGCUUGAGAAGGUGUAAAAAAACACUGAUGCUAUAUAAACGACCGAUGUGCCAGCCAAUGGCAAUCGCGAAUUUCAGGUACCUACCCGGUAGCAUCCAGAUACCGAUCAGGUACUAUCCAGGUACCAUAGAGACAGUACCCGGUCGCAUACAAAUGACCACCGAUUACGAUUCGCCGAUUGACUGGAGUUGCUACCCGUUACCUACUUGUAUCUACCUCUCGAUUCACCAGUGUACGGUAAAUAUCGCCUUUCAAAUCGGUAAGAACGAUUUAUGAAAUUUAUCUUUUUUUUUUUGUCGAAUAUUAUUCAAUCUAUUCAAGCGGCUUACCUCUGUGAACAUGGCGCCAGUGUUUUGGACCGGAAUGACGACGGUUUGACGUGCUUGAUGCUUUCUCGUUUCUUCAGAGUUGAACGAUCGGUUUUCCCGAAAUUGAUUGCAUAUUGAUCAAUUUUUUUUUCAGAGAGAUUUUUUCAAAUUUUUAAUCGACCAAGGACUUUCAGUUGAUGCGACCACGCCUAAUGGUAAAUUUUCGUGCAAAAUUUUUGGCGUUUUUCAUUUUUUUUUUUUGCCGCCGCGUCAAGAAUUUUUCUAAAGCACAAGAAAGUAACGUGUGAAUGGCAGAGAUUUAAACGUUAAUAGAGUUUUUCUGUACCUUAAAGCUUUCUGUGAAUAUUCAAGGCCAUUUUUCAAUAAAUUAGCGUGGGUUAUUUCCUUAAGGUCUCGACGCGAUGAGCCGUUUUCAUUACUUCUGAUCAUUAAAUAGACUUUUUAGCCUUUCCUGAGUUUUUCAAAUAUUUUUAUUUAGUUCCGAUCCUAGAAAAUGCAUUACUCCUUUCAAAGCCUUCAACUCAGUUAAAAGCUGGAACCUUCAGUUUUCGGUUCCUCGGAAGGCGUUUGAAAGCUUCCCAGUCAAAAGUUUUCCACAUACCUCCCUAACACCUCUAGUUACCUUCCAGAAGCCUGCUGGAAGGCUUCUGCCAGGUCUUUUCAAUUUAUUACCUUCCUAAGACCUUCUAAUUACCUUCUAAAGACAUUCUCAAGGCCUCCAUUCACCUUCCAACUUUCUGCUGGUUACCUUCCCAACAUCUUCCCAGGAUUUGCCUGAGAAGAGACCACAAUGGAUAUUCCCGACUUUUUCGUCUGAAUCUUUCUUUUCAGGACGAACGGCCCUUCACUACGCCGUAGAAAACGACAAUGUUUUUCUCAUGAAGCUUUUGCUCGCCCAAGGUGCCAAACUGAUUCCCGACGGAAAAGGGCAAACCCCACUCUCCACCGCGGCUCUUACAAAUAGUCCGAAUGUUAGCUUUUCUAUUACGAAGAAGAAAAAAAACAAGUUUUUAUGAUUCAGAAUGAUAUGUUCCUAUAUCUGUACGACUAUGCCACAGAUGAAAGAUUGAAAAAAGACGCGUUGCUUCUCAAAGCGUCAUCCAGUCUAUUGAAACGACAGGAGGACGUCUCUUAUUUAUUGUUUAGAAAGGCGUUGGAGAUGAACGAUGGCAUUGAGGAGGUUGUGUAGAAAUCAAUGAAAGUUGAUUUCGGAAAUUGAAGGAAAUAGAGCAAGUGGAACCGAACCCGGCAUACGAUUCGCUUCGGGAAGCGCGUUCUUUGGAAGAAGUCGAAGCUGCAGAAGAUCGUUCAAGGUUCAUUGGAAUUCAGGUACUGACUCAUUGAAAGCUAUAACCUAUAAACGAUAAUUUUUGUGCUUUUGGAUCUUUUUGAUGUUUAGAGUAGGUUCAAUGCAAGGAGAAAAUGGUAAUUUGAAAAAAUUUUUUAGCCAAACUUUUCAUUUUGAAUGACACUACUCUGUGGACUUCGAUGUGAAAAGGAAUUCACUCUAGGGGUAAGUUGGUAAAAGGGGCGGAGCUUAAAAAAACCAUCAAAUUACCUUUUUUGUGAGCCUACUGCUUCAUGUUUUUAUGCCCAAAAAAAAAGUUAAAUUCCUGUAUUUUGAACUUUCUUUUUUUCUGGAAAGAUAACGAUUACUUGAUUUUUUUUUUCGCUGAAAAAAUCUUCACUUUUUUUCGAACUUUCAGUGUUUGAUCAUGCGGGAAAGGAUUCUCGGCCAAUCUCAUCCAGAAGUCUUGAGAGGCUUGGUUAAAAUUGUCUGUGAUUUGAAUCACACGAAGUACGAUCCGCGGUAAGUUUGAAGGGCCUGAAGGGGUUCUGACUCUUCAAAAAGAUUUUUUAAGAAUCUUUUUGAAACAAAAUGAGGUUAUUUUUUUUACUGCAGGAACUACGACCUCUGCUGCUACACACUGGAUUUGGCAGAAAGGUAUAUUUCAGUGUUUUCAGAAUGAUUUCAAUCAUCUUUUUAAUGUUCUGAUAUCUCAGUGUUGAUGUAUGUGAAAUGUCAUGAAAACCUGACCGGAGCCAAAUGAAGAAUGACCACCAAAAGGGCAUUGAAGCCUAUAAAUUAACCACUUAGUUGCUCAAAAACGCCUAGUUUGCGCUAAAGUUGUUGAGUAGUCCUUCCGGAUUUGGGAUGUCGAAUGAGAUGGUCUUAGGAACUCCAGAAUGGUCCCUAGAGCCUUAGGGACCCUUGGAAGGCCCCUCUAGAGACUACAUAGGGGUUUUAAUUAGUGGCCCCUAUAGGGGACACGCUAAUCGAUAAUUUUUAUGUACUCUAUGUGAGGAAGCGUUCCCAUGCGAAAAAUGAAAUAAUAAAGCGUUUUAAACGAGGUUGAAAGACCCCUAUAGGGGCCACUUGAGCUUUAGGGACUAAGGGGUCAGACACUUUCUCUUUUGAGGUAUGGCGAUUUGUCGUCGGGAGUCCUGGUGGACACGAUCGAUGCCUUGUGCCCUGCCAUUUCACAUACGAUUCUCGACUCGCUAUUCAAAAACGAAGAAACAAGUUUUGAGUCCUGCAUGAAGCUCAUUUGCUACAUGUUCGAUAAACUAUGCCUCAGUUUGGAGAAGGUUCGUUUUUGACAAGAAGUUUCAUGAAUCCAUUGAAAAAAAGCCUUGUAUAGGCCAUUCCGCGCUAGCUUGUCACGUUUUUCUUUCCGCCAACAGGUCAGGUCAAAAUUAACCAACUUUCGCUUCAAUACCUUUGUUUCUUGCCGUUAUAAAAGCAGAAAUUUGAUCUAAUUUGGUAUACGGUCUUUUUGAAAAAAAGAAAAACGUGACAAGCUGGCGCGGAAUAGACUAUAAUAGAAUGAAGAGUAAAUCAGAAGUUUUUCAUCAGGUUUUAAAAAAAUUUGGGUAUAUGUCAAAAGAGCUGCGAAAAUCGAGCCUCCUCGCUGUUUGAGAUAAAACUGCCAGCGAAAAAUGGGCUGCCGAAAAAAUUGCCAGAGAAAAAUAAUCAGCUGAGAGAAACGAGCUACGAAAAUUUCGCCCGCCGUUGGCAGGUUAAUCGCGCGACUCUGCGCUCCAUCGAGAACAGUAACCGAAUUUCGGCCAUUUCCGCUCAUUAGUAUCUUAAAAUAUAGUUUUUUCUUGUUUUAUGUUGAAUGAUUUCAAACUACAUCGUUGAAUUUUUUUGGAAGCAAUUACUGAAAUGUCAGAAAAAAGGACAAACAUGCAGAAGUGAUUAAAAGUGGAUAGUAAAAAAAUUAUCUACAUAAUUUUUUUCCCGGAUUUUGCGUUAAAGGAACUAUUUAAAAAUUUUAUUUGCCCGUUGCGUAUUGAAAAAUAAUGAACAUAACAAAAUAUCAGUUUAUUAAAAAAACCUAAAAAAAGAACAAAAUGUGAGCAUGACAGGGUUUUCCGAUGAAAAUUGUCUUUCGUGAAGUUGCGGAACCAAUACUCGAACUUCUCCUCAUCGCAAGAAAUCAAUCCACCCUGAUUGCUUUUAAGCGUCCUGAAACAUUUUUCAUUAUUAAAAAUGUUUUUUUCAGACUCUUAUAGACUGACUUCGCCCGAUUUCAUUCUAAGCGGAAAUUAAAUAAAAACUUUUUCUGCACGAAAUCACAACAAAAUGAAAAAAAGAAAAUGGAUGAAAACAAAUAAGAAAUAACAAAAAAAUAAUGAAAAAAAUUUUUCCGAAAAAUUCAAAAUCUGUCAUCGGCGCGUUAUCGGUGGAGCGCCAAUAUGUAGUCAACUAUUUUGCCAACGGUGGGCAAAAUUUUUCGCAGCUCGCUUUUUCGCUGGCAGUUUUAUCGCUGGCUGUUUUUUUCAUCAGCUCAUUUUUUUCUCAGCUCGAUUUUCACAGCUCUUUUGACAUAUACCCAAAAAUUUACUCUAAAUCAGUUCUUUGUCUUGUCUACAGCUUUUUGCGAAAUUGCAAGAAUUUUGGCUUUUCUUAAAACGAAAAAAAAAACAUUGUUUUGAUUGCUAGAUGGAUUUGCAAGUCGUGGAAGAAUCGACUAAUUCUUCAUAUUUUUUCAGGCACACGAGAAAAAAGUGAAAGCCAAAAGUGAACGUUUACAAAGCUACUCGAAUGUCGCUGUUAAAAUCUUUUCGAUGGUUUUAUUUCUGUUCAAUUUCAAAAAUAUUUUGGCUGAUUUAUCAGGUUCAAACUUUUUGCACAAUGAAAGGAAGUGAAAAGGAAAGAAAGGAGUUUCCAGAAUUCAAUGUAGGUUUCCUAUUGUUUCCAAUUUCUAAUUGAUGAUUUUUCAGUUGCGCCGUUUUGUCAAAAUCGCAACAAUGCUCCAUAUUUCAGUGUUUGAUGCGCCCAUGUUUGAAGAGUUAUAUUUUUCUUUCUUCAUUCAAUUAAUUUUCCAAUGGACGAAACAGGGAACAUAGAGCAGCGGCGGCUAGAAGAGACGCUAGAGAAAGAGAGGGCUCUCUUGUCUCUUCCAAACUUUGAUCUCUCGUUCAUGCUUUUCUGUAUCUUUUUGUUGAAAUAGUAGUUAUUUUUGAAGAUGAUUCACAGAACUUGAAAUCCUUUGAUUCUUUAACGUCUCUUCAAUUCAAAGUUGAUCUCUUGCUUGAGUAUUUUCACUGGUUGUUUUUUGCCGAAAAAUGGGAAAACAGCCUUUUUCUCUAGUGUCUCUUCUUACCGUCUUAGCCAUCAAAAAAAGGGUCCUGACACGAUGAUGAAAGAAAUAGUGCCUGGCUCGUGGAGAGCGCAGACAGGCCACUCCCUCUAGCGUCCCAAGCCGUGAAUCGGCUAUACAUAUACCUGCCUUCCAUUAUUCGACACAUUCAGACAGAGGAAUUUGAUUCCGAUUUUCGUCAACGUUGGCGCGAACAUCAACGAAACGAAUAAAUACGGACAAACGGUGUUGAUGAAAGUAACCGAAUCGUAUUUCGACUAUGAUGAUGAUUUGAACGAAAAGUAAUAACAUCCACCCCUUUUUUUUUUGCUUCCUUUCCUCAUUUCAGAGCUUGGCCAUUGUUGAAAUCUUUGAUUUCGAAUGGAUCGCGGAUUUUCGUGCGCGACAGGAGAAACGGUCGCGUUUUCGAAGCUCUGCAGGAUUUCCAAAGUUCAGGGGAAGUUGACGAUCUGAUCGCGCUUGGUGAGUUUGAGGAUUUUCAGAGAAUAGCUCCAGUUUUUACGAGAGAUCUUCCAAGGCGGGAAAAGUGUGAUCUUUUGACUUUUGUAAAGAAAACCUUGCUGAAAAUCUUAUUUUUCAAGCUUUCGAGUCAAUUUCCAUUUUUUUUUUUGCUUCAUAUGCUCAAAAAAUAAAUGUUUAUCUGCUUAUGGUAUUUAUCAGCUAGGCUAGGUUUCUUUUUAACUUCAUGGUUAAAAAUUAGUUUUAUUUUUUUCUUUUCGAUGAUCAAAUUUUAUAUAGCCAAUUCCCACGUCUGCUUUUUCACAUUUUUCUUCCCGCCAAAAAGACCGUAUACCGUAGUAGAUCAAAAUUGAGCAUUUUCGAUUCAACAACUUUGUGUUUUGCUGUCUUUUUUGCAGUUUUGGAUAGAAAAAGUUUUAUUUACGGUAUCCUUUUUUCUGUUCUUUGAAACCGUCUCGCACUACACUAAUUUCUUCAUAAAAGGUUGUUUUUUCUUCUUCACAAAAGAUUUCAGGCGGUUUCAUCACGUUGAAAGACAUGUGCGCCGAAGUCGUUGAAACGAAAUUCAUCCCAGCUUUUCUGAAUCAAAUUUUGCCUCGCGAUUUGCGUGAAUUCACCAUUUUGGGUGAUAAAAAUUUUCGUUAUCACUGA